AUGUCAUUGAGGAGCUUCACAACGACUACCUCGCAGAACACUGUAUAUGGGAGCACUGACACCUUCUUGUCUACUAUGUCGAAUCAGGCACAUCAAAAUUACCAGGAUAUCUGGGCAACCGAGCUCCAAAACAAAGGGUGGAAGUAUAGGCUUGGUCAUGACGAAAGGUCUACUUCGGAGAGCUACAUCACCCUCUUAGACAUUUCGUCUGCCUGCCAUAUAACCGAAUGGCAGAUCAAGGCUCCUGCUGAGGACGAACCCAUACAGGAUUGGAUCCAGACACACAGAGAAAAGCUGCAAACGCUUGGACUCAACACCAUAUCUCGAUUAAUCGUGUUUGAGGAAGAUUUGUGCUUCUGUGCCCAAGAGCUUCUUGGAGUCGAGUACAACAUCGAGCCCGCAGUGUUCCGAGAUAUUGUGUAUUCCCGGAUGGUCAGACAUCAGCCUAACGGCUGGGAGACACAUGAUACUCAGCUACCAGAAUAUAUGACCGAGUUCUCCCCACGGCAUUUGGAUUUCGGAUAUGGUUGGGUGAGCAAGAUUAUCGCUACUGAGCAGAGUACCUUUUCCAGACCCAAGAACGUUGUCAUCUUGUCAGCUGGUACUCUGCAGAUCUGCUCUCCUGCGGGAGCGUCCCUGGAUCGGUCGCCUUCUAUUGGCUAUCGACCACAUGGUCUUGAAGAUCUUUAUCAAGGAGGACUGGGUUACACUCAUGACUUCUUCGUGGAUUGUGCAGAGGUUUUUAAGGCAUCUAUUCGAAAAUGGCCCCCAUCGCUUCAUGUCGCUGCGCACGAAGACCCAUUGAUGUUCCUGUUGCCGGUGCUCGAUAUUCACACCACGAUCUUGAGAGGGGAGCUGGCGGGCAAAGAUCGUAGCCUUCGUAUGGGCAGAGGCGAGUGGCAGCGGCUCCCAAUGCUGGUCGAAAGAGCUUGGGAUGAUCUACGCAUGAUGAAGCACGACAGCACCGGGCCUUUCGAUUGUUUCCUGCAGUACGAUGCUGAACGGAACGACGGCCGCACUCAAAAACAAGACGAGUAUGUACGUUUAUUUGGGAGAUUCCAGCGCGUCGUGCAUCAACUUCAUCGCACCGAGCAGCUUGCCCGAGACUACUUACAAGCCCAUGUCGGAUGGAUGAGCCUCGAAGAGUCUCGUGCAUCAAUCAAGCAGUCCAAAAUUGCUCUAGAAGAGGGUAAGCGGACAAAACUAGUCACCAUGCUAGCCUUCUUCUUCGUCCCAAUAAGCCUGGGCACUUCGAUCUUUGGAAUGAACCUUGAGGAACUCAACGGGUCCGGGAAAUCUGUUUGGGUUUUCCUCGUGACGACAUUAUGUAUAUUCAUCGUGUCUAGUUUCAGCUGGGGAUUCUCGUAUCAAAUUUCGAACUACUACUCACUGCAUGAGCAUGUGUACAGCGAAGGCAGACCCGGUCCCGUCACGGAAGACGGGGAAGUGCAGGUUGAAAGAGGAGGCGACGUACAUUGGCAGGUUAGGCUGCAUCAAUUCGCACAAUUGAUCUCGAAUGGACACGUGGUUUGGGCGUGGAAAUCCGGCAUCGCAUUUUCCCUAAUGCCCAGCGGCAGGAGAGGGUUCAUCAAGUCCUGCUCGUCUCAUUCGCACUCUCGCCCACCAUUAUCUACGAAGGCUCAAGAGUACAUUGAUAAACACAUCUACUACGCCAGCAUGGAUGAUCCGCAUUUCCCAUGCUCUUACAUUAUCAUGCAUCUCGAUUUGGAGCACGGGUUUGAGUAUGCUCACUUCGGACGGAUGAUCGAUUCAGUGCUGCCAGUCUAUCGGAGAGAGGCUUCCAUCAGUUUUCAGAUUGCGCUUCACGAUGAACAAGAUUUCAACGCACUGAACCCUCUCAGAUUUCUGGAUCUCUUCUUCUUGGAUGCUGCUGGGACCGACUCAGCGCUUGCUUGGCAGCCUGCAGCAGGUGCAACAGACGAUCUGGGUCUGGAAGCCAUCUUGAUUCGUCUCGACUCGACUCUGCGAAAGUUGAAGAGCCGUUGUCUCGGGUCGGAGGACGUUUACGAGCCACCUCUCCAAGCACCCACGGAGGCAGAGAGUCUGGAUGAAGCAGUCUUCCUGCCCAUAAUCCAUGAUGUGGCAAAUGUGAGACAGCACAAGCUUUUCUCGUUCGAUUUCAGUGUUGACUUCCUGCAUCGCUCGUUGCGGGAUUUCAUGGUCAGUGAUGGAUUGCGGCUCCUUCGUCCAGACUCAAGUUUCGAAUUUGACUCGUGGAAUUUCCUGCAUAACGCAAGAUUUGUUCAAGCCCAACAGUUCCAACCAGCCGGAUUCUGCGGCCCACUGACAACUGUAUUCUGCAGCUAUGUCCUCAGUACACUUGGCGUCCCGGGCUAUCGUACCUUCACGGUCUCGCGGAGUUUGGCCACAGAAUAUGCGAAACCGUCGAGAGUAUCCCUGGAGAUUACGGCUACUUUCCCAGUUUCUCGUAUUCGAACGCCUGACUUCGCGCCGCAAUACAGAAGAGCACGGAUUAGUAACGUGGGUAGACACUCUGCAUCACGUGACGAGGCUGCGAAGUCCAGGAGUCAGCACUUGGAGGACGUUGCAGUUCCUCGCUCAGCAGAUUUGCAGAACAGUCGAAGCUGA